AUGACGGUGGCUGUGGUAGUUGUGGUUGUUGUGGUAGCCGUUGGUAUGGGUGUUUAUUGUGCUCAGCCAACGGGCAUUCCAGAAAUUUCCAAAAAAUCCCUGACACAAUGCAGCGUGAAGGGCGGAGAAGAGAUGUUCAUAAUUGGGAAGAACUUCUUGAAAGGUACUACCUUCCUGAAGUCUAGGCCUGCAAAGGUUAAAAGGUUAAAGGUCAAUUACACUCUUCAAAAAUUCAGAAGAUUAAAUGAAUACGUGCUAAACAACGCAUCACACACGAAGCAUGUGAUAGGCGGGAUUUUUUUGUCAUAUUCGAAUCCGGUUACUGCGAAACAGCACCAGGCGACCUUAACCAUUAGACCAUCACGCCGCAUGUAA